AUGGCAGAGUUAAGACCUUAUUUUAUUCCUUCUUGUAUGGCAUAUUAACUACUUAGCUGCUUCAUCCAAGUCAAAUACUAAACGAUAGAACAUUACUUAAUAGUAAUCUAAUUAUGAAGCUCUUCUUUCUCAUUUUAGCUAAAGUAAAAAUAAUUCCAAUAAAAUAACUAAAACUUCAACAUCAGUAAUUUAGUAUGACAAAUUUUAUGUCCAAUAAUUAUAAUAAUAAAUAAUAGACUUAAAAGAGUAGGUUAACUUUUUACUCGAAGAAAACUAAAAAUUAUAGUAACGACAAGACAAAUCAUUAAAAGUAAUAAAAACUAUUAAUUUUAGAGGAUAAAAGAGCAAUAUUAAUAAUUAACAAAAUUUAGUGAUGUUAUACAACAAGUUUAGUAAUUAAAAAUAGAAAAUCUAGCUUUAAGAUAAAAUGUGCAAUCUUUGAAGCUCGAUUUCAGUAUUCAAAUGAAUCCUUUAAAAUAAUUAUAUCAGCAUAUUGUUCAAAUACCUAAGUAAUAAAUCUAUGAAAUUAUGUAAAUGAGAUUGCAAUAACAAGAAUGUAAAAUUAUUUUUAAUUAAAGCUUCAUUAUCUUAAGAAAAAAAUAAGGUUGAAAUUCUUAAUUUAGAAAGAACGUAACUUUUAGAAUUAUGUUCAAAGUAAGAAGAAGAACUAAUUUCUUAAUUGCAAAAAAAAAAUUCACUUUGA